AUGGCAGAUCUCAAGAUGGCUACGGUGAUGUCGCUUUCUGGACGAAUAGGUCUCAUUACGGGUGGAGGGACUGGCAUAGGAUUCAGCAUUGCCAAAGCCGUUCGCUGCGAACGGAGCCAAGGAUCUGUUGUCCCACUCCAGAUGGACGUGACAAGUGAAAACAGCGUCAAAGCCGGCGCACAGCACAUCGAAGGAAUCGAUGGCAAGCUCGAUAUCCUCGUCAACAAUGCCGGAUUUGCUGCAUCUCUCCGCGAUCCAGACUUCAUCGCGAAGCAACACGCCGCAGAGGAUCCUUUUGAACCCGAAACUGUACAGAACUGGGCUGACAUUUUUGCACUAAACACGAUCGCCCCAUUCUUUGUCGAGCGCAUUCCCGCCCUCAAGGCACCUUCAAGUGUCAUCAACAUCAGCAGUGUAGCAGCAAAGUUGAACACUCCGGGAUCAUUUGUAUCUCUUGCAUAUGGUCCAACGAAAGCUGCUUUGAGCAAGCUCACCCUCGUUCUGGGAACAAAUUUUGCUCAGAGGGAUAUCCCGAUUAGGGUGAACGCGCUGGCUCCUGGUGUGUUUGCGUCACAACUGGUUGGCCCCAAUCUUUUAGAGGCGAUCAGGACUCGACCUCUGCCUGGGAUGGUCGCGCCGAUUCCUGCGAAGCGGCAGGGAACAGAAGCUGAAAUAGGGAUGUCGGCGGUCUAUUUGGCUGUGUCCGACUAUACGAACGGAGCGAUUUUGACCGUCGAUGGCGGAAUAUCGCUGGUCAAUCCGUAAUCGUUGGAUUAUCUGACGUAGAACCUUCAUGGAAUUAAGCCUGUUUCUUACCCUGCCGUCAUAGACCAGCCUCCAAUGCCGGGCGACAACUACGUCAGCCUGCAAUAUCCCAAUUAGCAUUCACCAUCGAAAUGAUGUGUUUGUCGUCAUUGUCAUCGUUUAGUUGCUUUAUACACCUUGUGCCGUUUCGUUUUGAAAUCAGCAAACUUGAAGAGAAGCAAGAGCUUCUCAACUUCUGGGUCUGAAUCUUCGUUGUCAGACAUUUGGAACAUCCCCGCUGGGAGC